AUGUUUCGACAUUUCAUGAUGAUAGCGACACUCAUCGUACUCAAUACUUCGUUGCGAAGAAUUUUUUUGUACAAAACAAACUCCCUGCGAAGAUCAAUUGAAAUAAAUUUUGAUCGAUCGACUCGUGAUGCAGCUCCGAGUACUGAUAUUGCAAGGCAACCUCUGUUUAGUAAUGGGGAUAUUGCAUACUAUGGUAAUAUUACAAUUGGAACUCCACCACAGAUGUUUAAGGUACUUAUGGAUACUGGUUCCCCAGAUCUCUGGAUACCAUCCAUAAACUGUGAUUUCGGCAACCGUGCUUGCAUGACCCAUAAUAAAUAUAAUUACAAAAAAUCCAGCACAUAUAAACCAGAUGAUAGACAUUUCGGAAUUCGAUACGGUCAUGGUGCUGUUAGCGGAUACUUAGCAACUGAUGUAGUGAAUAUUGCAGGCCUUGAUGUUCAAAAUCAAACAUUCGGAGAAGCAACAAGGCAGUAUGGAAGGAUUUUUGAAUAUGCGAAAUAUGACGGAAUCUUGGGACUGAGUUAUCCAACAUUAUCUACCUAUGGAGUGAUUCCACUUUUUACGAACAUGGUUAACCAACAGCUAGUGAAUCCAGUUUUUAGUUUCUAUAUUGAACGAGAUCCUAAAAUCAAAUGGGAUGGUGAACUGAUAUUGGGUGGUUCCGAUGAGAGAUUUUACUUAAGCGAUUUUACGUAUGUUGAUGUUACCCAAAAAGGAUAUUGGCAAUUCACUUUGGAUAAGAUUAAAAUGGAAAAUAUGACUUUAUGCGGGAAUAGCUGUCAAGCUAUUGUCGACACGGGCACUUCUCUGAUAAUUGGACCACCAACAGAUGUUACAAUUAUUAAUAGAUGGAUAGGAGCUGAUCAUAGUAAUUUUACGAGAGGAAUAUUUGUGAACUGUAACAGGACUCAUAAUUUGCCUAAUAUCGAUUUUAUUGUAGGUGGUUUUAGAAAACUCAGACUCUCUAGUGAAGAUUAUAUUAUUAGGGAAAUAUAUAACAAUGAGAUGGUGUGUAUGAGUGCCUUCGUGAGUGAGUAUCAGAAUGAAGGUAAUUCAACGUGGACUUUGGGCGAUGUAUUUCUACGUCGGUUUUAUACCGAGUUCGACAUGAGGCAUGACCGGAUAGGAUUCGCCUGUGUGAAAUAA